AUGACAGUGUUGCUGCCCAGCAUGGUGCUGGCCCUGCUCUGCAUGCUCCAGGCAGGGGCUGAUGUCCCCGUACAGCCAGGCUUCAAUGCCAAGAAGUUUGCAGGGAAGUGGCAUGUUGCAGCUGUUGUUUCCAACUGUUCCAUGUUCCUGAAGAUGAAGGACGGGUUGAAGUUGUCCAUCGCCACCAUCAGCUUCACACCGGAGGGGGACCUGGCUCUGAAGCUUCUCUGGCCCCUGCUGGACAGAUGCCAAAAGAUUGAGCUGCUCUUCCAGCAAAGCAUGCAGGCAGGGCACUACAUGGCAGCUCAAGACAAGAAGGACCUGCGUGUGAUGGAGACAGACUACAGCCACUAUGCCAUUGUGCGUGAACUCCAGCAGAGUGGGCAGGUGCCCAGCACCACACUGCAGCUCCUCACAAGGGAGCAGGAUGUGAGCCCCCAGGUCCUGGAGAAUUUCAACAAGCUCAUCCCCACCGUGGGCUUGACCAAUGACACUCUGACUGUUCUGCCCAAGUCAGGUGAGUGCCAGGAAGAUCAGUGCAUCAGCUGGGCUCUGUUGGACCUGCUGCCCGUGCUAGAAUCUCACCUCACCCUCCUAAAUAAAUCGGUGCAGAAGCUGCCCCAGAACUCAGUGCUAUUGUUGGCAGGAGCAGGGGUCCUUCCAGGGUCCCUGACACCCUGA